GUGGUACAAGUCAACUACCGGGAGUGUAAACAUCAGCAAGAGACCAUGAAUGAAUCUGAUCAAACGCUAGCAGAGAAGUCGUUCACGUUUGAGGACCGUGGAGGCUCUCAGUCCUUAACCGUGUCUAUUCCUGAGGUUCUUGAUCCACAAUAUGGGAUGUAUGUCUGGCCCUGUGCGGUGGUGCUCUCACAGUAUGUGUGGAUGGCAAGGAGUGAACUACAACACAAGACCGUUCUUGAGCUCGGUGCUGGAGUGAGUUUGCCCGGCGUGGUGGCGGCCAAGUGCGGAGCUCGCGUGAUUUUGUCAGACAGCGCCGAGCUGCCCCCGUGCCUGAGGAACUGCCGGCGCUCCUGUGACGUCAACCACCUCCCCGGCGUACCUGUGAUCGGACUCACCUGGGGACAGGUAUCGCCCGAGCUGCUCUCGCUGCCGCCCGUGGAUGUGAUCUUGGGAUCAGAUGUAUUCUAUGAACCUGAAGAUUUUGAAGACGUGCUUGUGACCGUCUCCUUUCUCGCGAGGAGAAACCCUCACGCUCAGUUCUGGACCACCUACCAGGAGAGAAGUGCGGACUGGUCCAUAGAUGCCUUGUUAUAUAAGUGGGAUCUGAAGUGCAUUAAUGUUUCAUUAGAAACAUUUAAUGCAAACAAAACCCAUCUCGCUGGAUCGACGCUUCCAGGGAACCAUACUGUACAAAUGAUGAUCGUAGCGAGACAAGCGUGACAUUUGCGUGUGAAUUUUAUACAUUUUAUAGACUUUUAUUAUUAUUCUUUCCAACUCCAUCCAGCACAUUAAAUCACAACCUCGUGAAGUUCUGCGGGGCAUUUUCCUCCUCCACUUCAAAAGUGACAGAUUACCAAAAUGUUUAUUAGAAAUCAUGAUAAUAUGCUGAGCAAUGCUUUUAUUUAUAUAUUUACAUGUAUGUAUAUUUGUAUACAUUUAAGAAAAAUGUUAUGUACUAUUAUAUAAAUAUAGUUAUAAUUUAUAUAGCUA